CAAACCAGACACUGUAUCGGAGGGGAAAGAGGAACCCUAAUUUCUUCCACCCAAAGAUCGAUCCUUUUACGAGGUUGAGCCGGAUUCCUUAAUUGAUACUUCAUAAUCGGAAAGGCAAGAUCCGGAUCCGCCGGAUAUUAGCUUUGCCCACGCCCAAAGCACAGCUCUCCAAAAUGGGUAAACCGGAAGACGGUGAAAAGAAGAAGAAGAUCAAGGAUGUUGAAAUAAGUGUUCCUAUCGUAUAUGGUAAUGCUGCAUUUUGGCUUGGAAAAAAGGCAAGCGACUAUCAAUCUCAUAAAUGGACCGUAUAUGUACGCGGGGCAACGAAUGAGGAUCUUAGUGUGGUGGUAAAGCAGGUUGUUUUUCAGUUGCAUUCCAGUUUCAAUAAUCCUACAAGAGUCGUGGACUCGGCUCCAUUUGAGUUAUCAGAAUCAGGGUGGGGUGAAUUUGAGAUUGCCAUUACACUUUUUUUCCAUAAUGAUGUUUGUGAGAAGCCCUUGAACCUAUAUCAUCAUUUGAAGUUAUACCCAGAAGAUGAAUCUGGCCCCAUGUCAACUAAGAAACCUGUUGUCAUGGAAUCCUAUGAAGAGAUCGUAUUCACAGAACCGUCAGAGAGUUUUUUAGCUCGUGUGCAGAAUCAUCCAGCAGUAACCCUCCCCAGAUUACCAGCUGGUUUUAUUUUACCACCCCCAGUACCAGUUGAAGAUGAAAGUAAAAGGAAAAGAGGUGACACUAAGGACCAUCCCCUAAGCCAGUGGUUCUUGAAUUUCUCCGAAGCUGAUGAACUAUUACAACUUGCAGCUGCUCGUCAGCAGGUACAAGCUCAUAUUGCUAAGCUCAAGCGACAGAUUAGCAUGACCGGCAGGAAUAAUCAACAGUUCAAACCACUCUGAGCAGUGAAUUUACAGUAAUCCUGGAAAUUUUGAGACUUCCAGUUCCAGUUCAAAUAGAUUUUGUGGCAAAGGCAACUGAUGGCAUAGUUAUGUAAUUGAGAUAUGUAUCUUCUAAUACAUUACAGAGAUUUGCCCCCUUUUCUUCUUUUCCUUGACUUUUGAGAUCUGUACUAAUAAAAGAAUGGGGAAAAAAAGAGAAAAUAAUCUCAGUGA